CUCUCUCUCUCUAUCUCCCCUGUAAAUAAAUCUCAAUCUUAUUUUCAAUCUCUCUGUCUGUGCCCUGUAAUUUGUUCACUCACUGUAGAUUGAGAGCCAGUCAAACCAUCCUACUUCGACAACCCCAACUAUUAAUAUUUGGCUUUCUUGGUUUCGAUUUUGUCGAUCUUUUCUGGGUUUUGAUCGAUCCUUUCUAGGUUUACUGUUGGAUUAGGUUUGUCAUGGCGGCGAUUGAGAACCAGAGUAUUGAGCCGGAUGACAAUGAAAAUACCAAGAUUUUGCCGGCUGAUCCCUUGCUCGGGGACCCACCGGAGUUUACCAUCACGGCGGUGGAGCAGUCGGCGGAGCCGCCGCGCCGGGGGGCUCUUGUUCCAGCUCCGAAGGAAGAGCCCGCCGACGCCUACGUGCAGGGAUUAAUCCCAGUUGGAAUCAUGCCGAACGAGAAAUCAGCGGUGGCGGCUCCAGCCAAGAGGCCAUCGAAAGAUCGCCACACGAAGGUGGAGGGUCGGGGCCGGCGGAUCCGCAUGCCGGCGCCUUGCGCCGCGAGAAUCUUCCAAUUGACGCGAGAGCUUGGCCACAAGUCCGAUGGCGAGACCAUCCGGUGGCUUCUGGAGCGCGCCGAGCCGGCCAUCAUCGAAGCCACGGGCACCGGCACGGUCCCCGCCAUCGCCGUCUCCGUCAACGGUGCGCUAAAGAUCCCGACGACGCCGGCUACGACGACGGAGGGCGACGCCACCAAAAAGAAGCGCAAGCGGGCGUCCAACAGCGAGUUCUACGACGUGAAAGACUCUGUUUCGGUCUCGUCGAGUUUCGCUCCGGUGGCGUCGAUGGCACCGCAAGGGCUCCUGCCGGUGUGGACUGUCGGUUGCGGCGCCGGUGUUGUCCCGUCGAGCGCGAUGCCGACCGGAGCGUUUUUCAUGAUCCCGCCCACGGGCGCCGCCAUUGCCGGUCCUUCGAACCAGCCCCAACUCUGGGCCAUUCCGGCCGGAGCGACGCCGGUGUUCAACGUUUCGGCGAGACCCAUUUCAAAUUUCGUGUCAGCAAUGCAACCGGGAGUGAGUCUCAGCCACGGCGGCGGCAGCGGCAGCGGCGGAGAGGACCAAAUUCCGGCGGACUCGAGCUCCAAUACCGCGAGCGGGGAGAAGACCGGAAAGGCAUCGACAAUGGCGCCGAGCUCGAGUUCGACAGCAACGACCACAACCCAGAUGCUUAGGGACUUCUCUUUGGAGAUUUAUGAUAAGAAAGAGCUUCAAUUUAUGGUCAGCUCUUCAGGCGACAAACCUCCAUCUUCAAAACCUUGAAAAGGAAAUGAAACGACAAAGCUAGGAGGGUUUUAGGCUUAGAAAACAGUUUUUCCGUUUUAGGGUUUAGCCAUUGUCGUAAUAUUUUGCUUUUAUAACUCAGUUACUGUCAUAAAUCAAUCCUCUUCCCUAUUCUCUGUAAAUUUGGCCAUGGCGGCUUAGCUUAAUGACUCUCCAAAUCCACACUUAA